GUCAAUGUUCAGCGUUUUUGUAGAAUUUAGUUGUUCAGCUAGUCGAAAAUGGCGAUUUGUGACGAUGUGUUGUGGAUUAUUUAAGAAAUCGGUGGUUUAAACUUUCUUUAAAUAAUAUUUUGUGCUGAGAUAUUAAUGCUAACUAUGUCGUCUUUACAGUUUGUUGUUCAUCCUAUACCAGGAACAGAGGACCAGCUUAAUGACAGGUUGAAGGAAGUGUCAGAUCGCUUGAAUCGUUUUGGGCCCACUGUCCCACCACCUGCCCUGGCUGGGAUCAAAACAGCUGUAAAACGAAUUGCUAUUGGGCCGAAUCACUUUGCUUUGCUACUAGAAGAUGGUAGAGUGUGUCGUGUCACAUUUUCAAUUAUUUCGGACAGACUUGAUCUUACAAAAAAUGAUCCUACAAAAAAUUCGAAAGGGAUGUUUGGUGGGGGUAGUGGAGGAGGAGGUGGAUCAUCACGGCAGCUGACGAGAACACGGGCAAGAAUUAUGCGCACAUCAUCAGCUCCAUUCCGUGGUGGUGGUGGCCGCAGUUCGGGUGCUGGAGUGAUUAUGGGUGGCAGUGGUGGCGGCAGCUCAAGUUCAUCACGUCCUGUUGUUCCAGCACCUUAUGUUCCAGAGGAACUCGUGUCACAGGCUCAAGUUGUUCUUCAAGGGAAAAGUCGUAACCUUAUCAUCAGAGAACUGCAACGCACAAACUUGGAUGUGAAUUUAGCUGUUAACAAUCUUCUGUCACGUGAUGAUGAAGAGGGAGAUGAAGGCGACGAUGGUGCUGAUUCAUAUGUUCCGGAAGAUCUUAUCUCUCUAUUGGAUGGAGGCUUUCAUGCAGACCACUCAGUUAUUAUUGAUGCUGAUGCUAUGUUCUCUGAGGAUAUGUUUGGUUAUUCUGCAAUGAGGAUUCGUGGAAUACCGGGAUCCAGUGGUGCCCGGCGACUGACUAAUCCAGAGCGAGAACGCAGUGACAACUCGGAGAGAGAACGAUCAGACAGAGCAGAGCGAGGCAGUGACCGAGACAGUUUCUCCCGCUGGAGGGACCGCCAGUACUUUGGUCCGCGCAGGUGGUUGGAGACUGCUCUCAGGGAUUCUGCUUGGGAACCUGACAACAAGAAGAAGGACUUUGCGGCAGCCAGUCCACUGUGGAUGUCAGAUGAUGUGGAGUUUUGGCCGGAACCUGCUCCUAAGUUUGUCAACAUUGCGUCUCUACACAGUGAGCUAAUAGCUCUGUCGAGCUCGGGUCAGCUCUAUCAGUGGAAGUGGAAUGAGACUGAGCCGUACAAACACACCAGUGAGGGAUCACUGCACCAUCCAAAGACGUUGGCAUUGGGGUUAGCCACUGAGAAGGUUGUGUUACUGUCUGCCACAGCCAUCCGCUGCUCUGUGUCUACAGAUAGUGGCAAAGUGGCCACAUGGCUGGACGAGCUAUUGUCCCAUGCUGCUGGGAAACUGGAACACCCAGCCACUGCAUUCACUGAGUUUACUCUGGACCGUAUCUCUUCACUUUACACCUGCACACUUUACUCUGUUGCCAGGCUGGAGAGUGGUGCUCUUUACUGGUGGGGUGUGUUGCCAUUUGGCCAAAGGAAAAAGCUUUGGGAGAAAUAUCGAGCCAAAUCUCGCAAACAACGCCCAUCCACUGGUUCCCCAGAAAUAACCACUGGCAGUCAAGUUUGCAUGAAAAAUUCUCCAAUCUAUCAGCCAGGAGCAGUUGGUUUUUGUAUCUCUGGUGGUGUUCCUAAAGUUGGUCAGCUACAAAAUGCUGCAUGGAACCUGAGUGAUGUGUGUCGGUUCAAGCUGAUAGUCCCGGCGAGUCCCCCACCUAGCCGGGGGCUGGAAGGGCUGCUGCCCUGCACAAGCGGCAAAGUUCACAAGGAGACAGCGGACCGCAUCGAUAUGCCUCCACCUCCCAGUCCCGCCUCCUCUACUUGCAGUGACACUGGUUCUACUUCACACAAGCGUCCAAAAAGGGUUGCUGUGAAAGAAGAUUCAGAGAAAAAAGAUGAAGAAGAAUGGAUGUUAAAGGAUGUUAUUUUUGUAGAAGAUGUAAAAAGUCUUCCUGUUGGACGGGUCUUAAAAGUGGAUGGAGCUUAUGCAGCAGUAAAAUUUCCAAACUCUUCACCUAAAGAAGUAAACAAAGACACUAAGGAAUCGUCUGCUGAUGAAUCACUCAGCUUGCUUCAGGAUUGUCGCCUUUUAAGAAAAGAUGAUUUACAGGUCAUCAAAACAAAUACAACAUCCAGAGCGCCAGACUGUUUUCAGAGAACGCCAAGAAGAAUAAACAUUGCAGAAAAUGGUGGUCACAUCCUAGCUAUUGCUGUUGAUGGUCAAGGGAUCCAUGCGAUUGUGAAAACAGUGUCAAAGUUGAGUUAUGUGUUGUAUAACGUGACCAACGGCAGAGUGGAACAAGACUCUCCAUUUCCCUCCGAUACCAGCUCCUUCCUUGGCUUGGAACCUCAGAACAUAUGUUUGACCAGCACAGGAGAUAGUAAUGACAGCGUACUGUUGCUACGAGACGGCAACUCGACGCUGUGUCCUCUAGCCAAGGACAGUGUGGAUAGUAUCCGAGACGCUCAGUGGUUGGACUUACCCCCAGUCCGUUGUAUCGGUACCGGUGUUCAUACGCUCACCAGCGUCACCGCUCCAGCUCUCAAGAACCAGGUGGCACUCAUCGUACUGGCUCUCAAUAAUCAGCUACUCAUGUCGAGAGUGCUGCGCUGUGACAUUGAUGGAGUUCGGCAGAUACUGCAGUCACUUGAACAAGAACCCAAGAACAGUGAGACUCUCCAAGCUGUGCUUGCGGAGCGCUGUGAUGGCAACAGAAACAUCCUACAUGCCUGUGUCUCCAUGUGCACACCGACUUCUAACAAGGAAGCUGAAACUGCUGAGAACAAUGUGAACAGUAAUACUUCUGGACUGGAGUCAAUAAAUGUAAUCACCAAUGCUCUGGCUCCACGUAACGUUAGUCUGCGGGAAAUGAUGAGACGAGCUACUGCUGCCGUUCGCACAUCAGGAGAAGGAGAAGCAGCAGCCAAUGUGCAACCGUAUGCCACUGGUCCUCCACAAGAGGCUGAGAUGGGUUGGCCACCUACAGAGCCAGUGUUUGAUCUGGCAUCGGGUGACGAGGACAGCCUCACAUUCGGCAAGAAUGCUCCCCCAACUAACCAACAACCAGCUUGCGUAGCUGACCCCACCGAGCGACGUAACAACUCCCUGGCUGCUCUCAAGCUGCUUUGUGACUCCCCAGCACUGGUACCCCACCUCAAGGAAUUGCUCAGUGCUAGGGACGCUCAGGGCCAGACUCCAUUCAUGCUGGCCGUAUGCUGUCGGGCCUACCAUGCUGCUCUGUACAUCCUAGAUGCUAUCCAGAGAUUGGUUGCGAGAACUCCACCUUCCUUCGAGGACAUAACUCCUCCUCCACCUACGUCCACAGAAGAAAAACUUAAAAGUGUAUUGUCGGCUUGGUUUGCUAAGGGAGAAACUUCUGAUUCUGCAAGAAAACAGAACUACCCAUCGUGGCUCUACCCAAGUGGUACAGAUUCAGAAGGCAAGAAGGCAACACUUAGUGAAGUUGAGAUGCGUAUUGAUCAGGAUGCUCUCAAUGCAAUGAUAUUUCCUCCCGGCUCUAAUCCUGAUCAUUCCCCCCUCCAUGUUGUCUGCUGCAAUGAUACCUGCAGUUUCACUUGGACUGGGGCAGAGCAUAUCAACCAGGAUAUUUUCGAGUGUCGAACAUGUGGGCUGACUGGCUCAUUAUGCUGCUGUACGGAAUGUGCUAGAGUGUGCCACAAGGGCCAUGACUGCAAGCUGAAGCGCACCUCUCCCACUGCGUAUUGUGACUGCUGGGAGAAAUGCAAGUGUAAGGCGCUCAUACAGGGUAACCAGACAGCACGUUAUGACCUGCUUUGUCGUCUCAUCGCCGACACCAACCUAGUCACUCAGCAUAACAGCAGAGGAGAGAGUAUCCUGCUAUUCUUGGUGCAGACUGUAGGUCGUCAGAGCGUAGAGCAGCGACAGUAUCGAGUGUCUCGGCCACGGUCAGCCUCGGCCUCCUCCAGAAAAACCCCCUCCUCAGAUGUCGGUGGAUAUGUUGCAGAGCCGGACAUGCCCGACCAUGAUUUAGAACCUCCUCGUUUCAGUCGCAGGGCUUUUGAACGUUUACUAAAUGAUUGGCCAGCUGUUAAAGGAAUGAUAAUGUCUGGUGUGAAGAUGAAUGAAUCAUCAAGUGAACCUCUGUAUGAGGACCAAGCCUAUCUGCAGAGUCAGAGCGGAACUACUCUGCUGGACAAGUUCACUCAUUGUCUUCUGGUCAAAUGUAGUGCUGAGAUGUUGGACACCCUGCUGACUACUUUGAUGCGGGAACUCCAGAAUGAAAACAGGUUACAGGAAGCAACCGAGGUAGCACGCAGAUUUGUGCGUUCAGUUGCAAGAAUUUUUGUCAUCUUCAGUGUUGAGAUGGCUCCUUCAACUAGCAAACGUAGAGGCACCACCGGACUGUCAGCUCCACUGGUGAAGUGCAAGCGUGUAUUCCAAGCCCUGAUCAAACUGGCUGUGGAAGAGCUCUGUGAGAUUGCUGACAGUCUGAUAGCACCUGUCCGACUGGGAGUGGCCAGACCCACAGCUCCCUUCACACUCUCCAGCUCUACUAUUGAGGUCAUCAACGGUUCUGAGGAACUGUUUUCAGUGGAACCGCUGGCACCUCAUGGUACAGUGUCGGUGCGACGGUCUGUGAUGUUGUCCAGCAACCGCAGUGGGGAGAUCACCCGACCUCUGGGCACUCGGACCAGGCCUCCGCCGCAGAUGGACAUUGACGAGGAGAUGGCAGAGAGUUUGGUCGGUCUGGGUGCUGACGGGGAGGCGAGUGAUGGUGAGGAACCUGCCAAUGCAGGUCGUGAUGGCGGGACUGGUGGGGGAGUAGUGGAGGGUGGGGCAGAGUCAGAUGCUGAAGAUCUGCUUGUGGAGACCGAGUCAGACUCUGACCAGAGUAACCAGGAUGCUGCUAGCGCACAACGCAGUGUUCAGACUGGGGCCACAGCAGGAUCCGACACUGGCAUGGCAUCACUGCUGCUGUUCCCAGAAGAUGACUCCGGGGACUCGAGUCAGCAGGAGGAGGAUGUGUCAGAAGCAGGAGAGAGUGAUGAUGUGGACACGGAGGAGAUCCUGCUCACUGAUGAACAACUGGAGAGACGAACAAACAACACUGGUCAAGGACAGCGAAACAACUUAGCUCCUCAGUCUAUGCAGUGGGCAAUCAGAAACAGAGACACAACUUCAAGAUCAGCAGGAGGAUUUCGUGUAGCUACCAACUCCUUGGUGUUCAUUGACCCAUCCACUCUACGCAGAUCAACUAGCGCAGUGGGGUCAGGGCAUGAGCCCGUUACCAUGGCAACUACUGCAGCUUGCUUGGCUCGCUCCUUUGCUAUAGUGUUAAGGCAGAUUGCUGACCUAUUGGCCAUGAUGUCUGACUACAGCAGCCUUGCACCUACUCUGCCUGAAACCUUGGAAGUCACCUAUCACGAUCAAUACAAUCUUCAGACAUACCUGGAAAGUCGGUUGAAGCCCACCUGGGAUUGGCUGCUGACAGUAAUGGACUCAACAGAGGCUCAGCUCAGAUUCGGGGCAUCUCUGACACACUCGUCAGACCCCACACAUCCUGGCCACCCCCUUCAUCACAACCCAGGUGGAGGUGCAAGCAGUGGUGCCAACACACUAUCACUGUCAGUACUGUCAAGUGGUACAUCCAACUCUGCUCCCGCCGCCAACAGUUCUGCCAACAGCACCACUCACACAACCAGGCCGGCCAACAACACUGCGUCAAACAUGAGCAGAACUGCAGUAACUAGUGGUGGUACUACUCCAGCCACACAAAGCACUACCCGUAUUGUCGGUUUCACUGCCAACACAGCGGACACCCCCAGGAACACCAGAGAAAGAGAGUCAUCAGAUCCUAAUUCAGCUCGCAGAGAGUUCUUAUCGUAUGCUCUGUCAUUAAUGCGGUCACACAACGCUGAACACGCCGAUAGUCUGCCUGUGCUGGAUGUGAGCGCCCUGAGACAUAUUGCGUAUGUGUUCGACGCUCUCAUAUACUACAUGAGAUCUAGCUUUGACCAGACAUCCUCCACCGAUGAGCUCAGGGACACCACUGCCAAUAAUAGUGACUGGCCUACAUUUCAGCAGGACGAGAAUGACAAUGACGAGACAGAUGACGACCAGGGCAGGAUGGAGACUGAAACUGAGUCUGUGGAUGAGACAGAGGUGGUGGUGAUGGCGGGUGGGCCUCCCAUAUCUAGUGGUGGUGGUAAAGGACGCAAACACGCAUUCUUCCAGCGAUCAGAGUCUACGCUUUGUCUCGGCUGUCCACCUCCUGACCCCUUUGACACCCCUAUGGCCCAAGCCUUGCCCCUAGCUGAUCAACCACACCUCCUGCAGCCCAAUGCUCGACGGGAAGAUCUGUUUGGCAUUCCCAAACAACCCAUCACAGUUCCCCCUUCAGGGAGUGGAGCUCCUGGUGAAGGCAACCAGCUUGAAGUGCUCCCAACACGACUGAGCUUAUCAUCACGCGGAGCACAGCCCAAGACCCCAGACAUUCCACCUCCACCCUUCAAACCAAGAGAGGAAGGGAUGGUAGAGGACAACACUCCACAGGACCUUUCUGUCAAUAAAGAUGCAAUGGUUGUAGAAACUGAGGAGGACUCUAAAAUGAGUAUUGGUGAAAAUUCUCAAGAAUGCAUUCGGGCUCCCAUCAUAAUCUCUCCACCUGGGGCACCUAGUACCACCACUAGCACAAGUCUUGGUGACUCUGGUGCUGUUGAUGACAGUUCGAGCCGGCCCAAUGUCAAGAGUGUCAUCGUCAGAGCUGGACCAGCUUCUCUGAAUGGAGAUGUAGUGACUUCACCAGUGAAACCAGUUUUGGACACCAUUUCUGCACCAAAUGAUGACAUCUCAGCUAAUGUUACAGUUGAGACCACUCAGCCCUUGCAACCUAGACCGACACCUGUGAUUGGCCAGUCUGUGUCCCACGACCUACUGUUGGGCCGCUGGCGUCUGUCCCUGGACUUGUUUGGCCGAGUGUUUAUGGAGGAUGUGGGUUUGGAGCCCGGAUCUGUAGUCAGCGAGUUGGGCGGCUUUCCUGUCAAGGAGGCAAAAUUUCGUAGAGACAUGGAGAAACUAAGAAGCUUGCAAAACAGAGAUCUCACUUUAGCUAAGAUGGAAAGAGAUAGGACACAGCUGAUUGUACAGACCAUGAAAGAAUUAAACACCCAGUACAACACAUACAACCGGCGAGCGUCUGCUUCUCAGCCUCCAUUGGCUGUCAAUAGGGUCAAGGUCACCUUCAAGGAUGAGCCAGGGGAAGGUUCUGGAGUGGCCAGGAGCUUCUACACAGCCAUUGCUGAGGCCUUGUUAGCAAAUCAGAAACUGCCUAACUUAGAGUCAGCCCAAGUGGGGACACGUUAUGGACAGUACAACGUUCUACAAAGGCUUCGCUCAAGAGAGAGAGAAAAUUUGCGUAGACAGUCACCAAGGUCAUCGUCACAAAGAUGUCGAGAGACCAGGCGAACACUAUCGCAUGAAGCCAGAGCAUUCAAUCCAACUGUGCCUCCUCCAGACGCAGCCCCUGGCACCAGCAAUCCUCCUGUCAACAAUGAUCACUUGUCUGUGCAUCAACAACAACUUGGUGACAGACUCUUUCCUAAAGUACAAGCUCUGCGGCCAACAUUUGCUGGCAAGAUCACCGGCAUGUUGCUGGAACUGUCACCUGCUCAGCUACUCAUGUUGUUGGCUAGUGAAGAUGCACUCAGGCAGCGAGUAGACGAGGCCAUGGAGCUAAUUGUAGCUCACGGUCAAGAUCUUACUUCAGAGGCACUCCUAGAUCUAGAUGUGGGGCUGUUCAGUUUCACGGGUCUUAAGUCUGGACAGGGCCGAAGUACUGAGGGAGAAGCUGAGACUGAAGACUCUGGAGAAGACAAUGCUCCUCUCUUUUAUUGUCCAGGUCGUAGAGGAUUUUAUAGCCCCAGACAAGGGAAGGCCACAUUUGAACGACUCAACGCAUUCAGAAACACAGGAAGACUACUGGGACUGUGCCUCCUUCAGAACGAACUGUGUCCGAUUUUCCUAAACCGACAUGUGAUCAAGUGUAUAUUAGGGAGGCCAAUCAGAUUCCAUGACAUGGCAUUCUUCGACCCAGCCAUGUAUGAAUCCUUGCGGCAGCUAGUCGUUGAUGCAGAGACCAAGGACAGUAACAGUUUGUUUGCUGCAUUAGAUCUUACCUUCAGCAUCGACCUAAAUGUGGAAGAAGGAGGAGGCAGCUUGGAAUUAAUUCCAGGAGGACGAGAUGUUGAGGUUACAGCUAGCAAUGUGUAUGACUAUGUGAGAAAAUAUGCUGAAUAUCGAAUGUACAAGGCACAACAGAAGUCACUUGAGGCAAUUCGCAUGGGUGUGUUCGAUGUUUUGCCCACGGGAUCACUAGAUGGGCUUACACCUGAAGAUUUGCGACUAUUAUUGAAUGGAGUUGGUGACAUCAAUGUGGCUGUACUCAUUUCAUACACAAGUUUCAAUGAUGAGUCUGGUGAAAGUAGUGAACGCUUGCUCAAGUUCAAGCGGUGGCUGUGGUCGAUAGUUGAGCGAAUGACAAAUCUCGAAAGGAUGGACUUGGUCUACUUCUGGACGGGAUCUCCUGCCUUGCCUGCCUCUGAGGACGGGUUCCAGCCAAUGCCUAGUGUCACAAUACGACCUGCAGACGACGCUCAUCUGCCCACAGCCAACACCUGUAUCUCUCGACUGUAUGUGCCACUCUACUCCUCCCGAUGUGUGCUUCGUCAGAAACUUCUACUCGCAAUCAAAACUAAGAAUUUUGGCUUUGUAUGAGUACUAUUAUCGCCAUCUUCUCCUUGUGCGUUUGUAAAUUAUGUUGUAACAUUAUUUAACUUUGAUAUUUUUGUAUUCAAAUAAUGUAUAAAGCUAUUUGUUCGCGACAAUAAAUGUUUUUCUCUAUUCUA